AGCAGAAUAAUGCAGCUAUGGCGAUUGUGCACUGUUUGCUGAUUUGCAACCCGCCGAAACAGUACUGAAGAAGAAGGAGACCAUCGCCCGUUUCGCCAUGGACUGUUCUAGGAUCAGUAUAGUAGAACAACAACAUUAACCGUAGAGCGGUGCAUCAUAACGGGGACUACAUUAAAUGUGAUAGGAAUGUAGUGGAAAAUUGAACUGAAGCAAUCUCUAAAAACAGCACACCAAAUGUCAACUCACCCAUAGUGGGGUGCCAGUUCAGUCAGUUCAAGGAAAACCGCAAACCACAGUUUGAGUAAUGGAACCUACGCCUAGCAUCCAUAUGACCUCCAUCCCCACCACAAAUGACCUAGUCCAGGUUUCGGUGGGUGACGCCAUGCCUGUUGGCAUAUACCAGCCUCAGGACCAAGGCCAGAACGCAGGGCACAGCGCGUUGGCGUCGGCCGUGGUCAUGCAAGCCUUGGCCCACGUGACCCAAGACGGGCCCACCCAAGCGGCGACCGCCAUGGAGGGAACGCUGGGAGCCCAGAACGAGUCCUCGAGCGUCCCCAUCCCUGUGUACGAGCUCCCCUUCGCCGAGGUGGCCUCCUUGCUGGACCCCAACAUGAAGAGCUCCAAGGCGCGCAAGUACCAGAUCUGCUACGACGAGGUGAAGCGGCGGCUGGAGCCCCCGGAGAAGAUGUCCCUGCGCUCGCUGGCGGCCUACACCAGGGUGAGCCGAGGCCCCGCCAGCAAGAGGUCACUGCUGGAGUCGCUCAACGUCCUGGGGCUGUCGCCGAGCACCAACACGGCCGUGUCCAGCUCCUUCUCCAAACUCACAGAAGGUGACACCGCGGCGCUCUGUAAAGACAUGAAGGACUUUGCGUUCCAGUACGUGGACUACGAGAACAUGGCCAAACAGCUGAUGCCAGAGUCCAAUCAUGUGCAACACUGGUCAAAGAUCAUUGAGACAAGGAAUUACCUGGAGGAGAUGAGGAAGUGUUUCCGCGACCCGGUCAACAGCAAGUCCUUCACCAACGCCACGCACGGCCUGGGCCCAGGCAUGCUGGACGUAGCGCUGGACAUGGUGGACGGCGUCAUCGAGCGGCAGAUCCGCAUCCUCUCGGGCAACUCCGAGCCCAAGUCCGAGUCGGCGGUCCAGAAAGUGCGCAAGCGCAUGAGGAAGCCCCGGGCGCCCAAGGACAACAACAAACACCCCAGGGAGGGCAAAUCUAGAGGCAGGGGCAAGAGCAAGGCUGGCCCCAGCGCCAAUGUGGGCGCCAACGUCGACGGCGACACCCAGAGCAGGAAACAGAUCCGAUUGGACCCCGGCACCGCCACCGCAGAGACCCAGGAGCCUGCGUCCAUGGAGAGCAGCGUCCUGACCCUGGUCUCCGUGGGUUACGAAACCAUCUCCAGUGGGCUCGGCACCACAACGACAGGCCUAGCGUAACCAUGGGGACACCAACUGUCAAGGACCCUGAGCAAAGUGCUCCGACUCAGAGCAUAGGUGUUACUGUUGUUGUGGGUAGAUUUAAAGGUUAGUUUCACAUGGCCAUAGGUGUCUGAGUUCGUCAGAGGGCUAAAGACCUUUCUUCAAAUGGAUAUUUACACAAUCAGAAAGUACUACUUCCAUACGACAUGCUAGUUGUGUGAAGCACUGUGAUGGUUUGGAACGCACUGCUUAAAACUGGUCUAAAGCACUGAUUUCUUUUUCUGUUCUGUUUUGGAUUUAGAUUUGGUUACAUACUUAGAGAAAAAAAAACAAGUCAGUUCAAACUCAUUUUACUGAGUAAUGGCGCCCAGUAAUGGGACUUUCAUUUUGUGUCCUGGGAUGAUUUUUAUGUUGGGGGGGGGUUAUGACUGAUUCUAAUGUAUGUGUCAAAAGACAACAGGACAGCUUGACGACUUGUAUUAAAUGAUUCAAGAAUUUUUUUAAUAUA